AGAUGCAAGUAGAGAUGAUCCAAACUCAGUAUUAGUUGUCCUUCAGAAGUUAUAAGAACUCGUUUGCGUAGCCGUAUGAAAAUCCGCUGGCAAGAGCAGUAGACAUCAAACCAUCUUGUUUAUUUGUUUUGCGGGAUCGAUAGAAGAACAAAGCAUUAUCAUAAUGACAUCCUCCUGCAAGAACCCACACAGCCUGAAGCCCCCAACAGCCUACGGGAUCGACAUGAACGUGGUGAAAUCCUUUUUCGAGGAGAAAAUCCCUUCUAAAUACACCGACUUUCCCCGCAGGAACUACCGGCCCCAGCAGGAAGUGAAAUCAAAAUCCGGAACUUCUGCCACUGCGGGCUUUUUUUCGCGACAGCAGGCGGGCGGCUCCUCCUCCAGCAGCGCCACGACGACCACGUCACAGGCUGGGGCGAGCGGCGUGGCCGGGUCUUCGUCCAAGCCGCUGGCGUCGCCUAAUGCGAAGAAUUACGUGAAGGCGGAAUUCACGCCUAGUCCCAGCCCGCGGACGGACGACGAAAAGGAAACUGCUAAUUUGUCGAUCUCCAAACCGUCGAGCGCCGCGAGUUUUGUCUUCUCCCCGCAAUCUGGGCUGUCGCCGGCGAGUGUGACGAGGUCACCAAGGACGAUGGGUGGCGCGCUGGGGUUCAACCAAGCUUCUACUACAGGAGCACGGGACGGCAGUAAGACUUCUUCCCUCGCGUCGAACCCGUUCGCUUCGCCAGCGGGCGGAACGACUGCACAGCCGAGAGGUUCAUCCGUGUCGCGGACCGCUUCGCCCUUCACGCCGCGCAUGGUGACGAUGUCGCCUGAAGUGAUGGUUUUGCAGCAAUUGCAGAAAGACUUGUCCAAGUGGCAUUUGUACCACGAAAUGCGGGUAUAGUCGGAUUUUUUCAGUUCGGAAUACCGAAUGAUAGCUCUUCGCAUGCUGUUGUGUGCAUUACAAAUCGUAUUCUUCAUGAUCACUCGCACAUAAUAGAAAUUCCAACAUUAUCAUCUACAACCCCAGACACGCGGCCUGACCGUGAACGAGAACCAGCUUCCGACUGUGAACGAGCUCGGGGGACAGAAUCGGUUGAUGGACAUGAUGAAGAAAGCGUAUUGGGACGUGUGCAAAGAGCAGUUACUAGCCGCGGGUGAUGAUCAAGACCCUGCGUCCGACAGCACUUCCACCGCCGCAAAGAGCACCGGCUUCGACAAGGUUGUCGAGCAGCUGGAGCAGAUCAUCCACCGCAUGGCGAAGUACUUCGAGCGCUCGCCGACGCGGAAACAGAAGUUCCUCCAGGAGGGGGUGGACAUUGCUCUGGUGAAGCAAAUGAUCCGGAACCGCGCUUACGACGCCGAGGCGUUUGGACAAACCUUGCGCCAGCUGGUCUACAUGCUAUCGCAGCUCGAAUCCCCGCACCAAGCGGGAGAGACGAGACGGCACUUUUUUGAAAACGAGGAAACGAAGGUGUUUGAGGUUAUACUAGGCGGGAAUUCAAAUUCAUUCAGUGAUAAAUCAUCUACCACUGCUGCACAGACCGCUCAGGUGAGUGAAUCCGGUUCAUCUUCCACGACUGUUGGGGUCCUGCAGGCGAUCGCGACCGACCGCCUCCGGUUCGCGACGGCGGUGGUAGACGCGCUGCGGUACGUGCAACACAAGUUGGACGUGCUGCAGAGCGAAACGGAGAACUUUUACCUCUCCAUGCUGCCCCAGGAGGAACGGUUGAAGCUCGAGAAAAACCAGUUCUGGACCAUGGUCGCGAAAUACCACGGGCACGCCUGGAUGCAGGACAAAGCCAUGAUCGAGUACUUGGCGCAGCAGAAAAUAAAUUCGUCGCCCACGAAAACGGUGAUAACUACAGCAUCUACUACGAAAAAUGCAGACGAAGGAACAAAUUCAUCCACAACAACCGGAUCGCCCACAAAAGAACCCACUUUCGAGACCCCAGCGCAGCUUCUAGACUACUUGAUCGAUCAGCUGCUCGCGAAGAACACGCCGGUGACGGACGACGACCUGUUCCUCCCCCUGCGCGUGUCCAUGAAACAAAUCCAUGCCUUGCAGGAUUCGUUGCAGUUGUGCUGUCUGCUCGGCGUCGUGGCGUUGACCGUCGUUCCGGUGCUUUCUAGUGGUACUUCUCCUGGCAGUGGUGCGGGAGCUGCAACAGCCACCGCCAGUACAACAACCAGCGCAGGAGCAGGUGGAACCCAAAAAUCCUUCACGAAGCAGGAGCUGGAUCUGUUUUUCACCGACGUACGGCAUUCGUUGAUGAAGCAGGACCUUGGCCGCAGUGGUUUUUUCGGGGAUCUGGAGACGGGUUUGCUGAGGCUGGUCGAGAAGAAGGAGGGACAAGCGUUUGACAAAUCAGUCAUCAAGCCGAAGAUCGACCAGAUCGUCGCACAGCUGGAGACCAUCACCGCGAAAGGCAGCGGCGCACCGAUUUACCAGGUUUUAUUCGCGAGAAUUCGGACCGCACUACUCACUUCAACUGCUUCAGGUGCGGUAGGAAAUGAAGGUGAGACAAUGGUAAAAACUGCGGAUGAAGGAGCGUCACCUGCAAAUCGAAGUAGUUGUGCAGAUGAGCGUGGUCUGCGUGUCACCAGUGCGGUUUCCUCCGCGAAAAAGGUGACUCCGCUGACCGUGAACGCCCCCGCCGGGAAACAGCCGCAGCAUCCCGGACAGCAAGCCUCGUCUGCGGCGCCGUCCGCUUCCGCGGCCUCUUCCCGGGGCGGCGUAACCAGGCCUGCGGGCGCGGAGGUCAUGGCUGCAGCGCCGGUUUCAGGGAGUGGGGAGGUCGCGGGGGAGCCCACGGUAUUGAUUUAAGUAAACUUGUUUCCUCUUUUGUUUGUAUGAAACUGAAUAACAAGGACAGUUUCGAGCUAUCUUUUGACUGCGCGCUGUUCUACUUAGUUCCACCGGUGGACGCACAAAAAUCGCAAAAUUUCGAAUCCGUGUCCAUUUCCAGGCCUUCUUUCCUCUUCGGCCGUUUACGCGCGACAGCUCGCUGGGCGACAAGCCGUGGUAUUUGUGCUUCGCGGCGACGGCGCUGCGCGAGGUGGAAAUCGGGAUUGCGGAGUGUGUGGGACGGAGUUGGCUCUGCUACGAGCAGUACUACAAGUAUCCACCGAAGGAGUUGCGAAAUCUCGAAAUCCUUCAGCAACAGGCAAGUAGAACAGCAUCGUCUUCGCCGCAUAGGACGGCUUGA